UAAUAAAAAAAUCCUUGUGAUUGAAAGUCAUAAAUGCAACCCUUUACAGCACUGUUCGCUUUAAACAUUUUGACAUUUUGCCGUCAUGCAUUUAAUACACACUUUCGGACUAGAUAGCCUCGGCCGAAUUCGGAGUGGGAAUGUUUUUCUCAAAAUGGCGCUCGGACUGUGUAACGAGUAGACAGAAUAGAUGACGCGAAAAAGUGAAAAUUGACAACAAAAAAUUAAUAAUUUUGUGAAAAAUUUUGUUAAAAAGUUUAGACAAGAACAUUUUUUAUGCAACGUAACGAGUUGCAGGAGAACGCGACGAGUCACGCAAAGGCGACAGCGUUGGGCAACAGCGUAUAGAACGACCGGUCGAGCCGUUUUGCUGUGCAGCCACAACAGUCGUAAUCCAGCUAGAUACAUAACGCAAGACAAAGUACACAUUUGUGGUGCUCCACUGGUUGGUGAAUGUUGAACGGGUGUCGGUGUGCCACGGGAUAAGCAAAAAAAUCCCCAAACUAGAAGUUUUCGCACAGUGUUACACCAAUCGGAAGCGAAGCAAACGCCUUAUAUAUAUACAUAUAUUCUGCUGAAUCGUGUACAUCAAUAUGGAUCCCAAUUCAAGUCCCUGGUCUUAUGCCUAUAAUCGAAUUGUGCCAUCUGCCUCCAGUACGGGUUCAGCUGAAGAUUUUCAACAUCCACAUUUAGCGCCAGCACAGUCUCUUUUUCUACAAGCAGCGCAUUCAGGUAUAGCAGCCAGCUUCAAUGCUGCUGCUGCUGGUAGCGGAAGCUUUGUAUCACCUUCGCCCAUCAGCGGAUAUAAUCCAGUCUUUCAACAAAUCUACCAUCAUGCAGCAGCAGCUAGUGCACAACCCAAACCUGCGCAUUAUGCCUCAAGUGCUGUAAAUACACCAGUGAGGCAAAUACAAAUACCAUCGACAUUGGAUAAACAAUUGACAAAUUUUCAAAAUCAAGCAGCUGUAGCUGUUGUGUCGUCGGCAGCAGCCGCAGCUGCAAACAAUGCCGCUUCUAAUUAUUAUGGUGAAAAUUCCUCAUCGAGCGGUGCUUCGCCAUCGCCAACAACGUCUGCAAUUACAUCAACAACACUUAGUUGGAAUACGCCAAUGAUAUCCAAUACAUUUUUGGCUAUGCAACAGCAACAGCAGCAGCAACAACAACAAACACAACAGCAGCAGCAUCAGCAGCAGCAAGCACAACAGCAGCAAUUGAAUUUAGUGGCGGAGAAGGUGCAAAUCAAACAAGAGAAGACAGCCGAUCUUAAGGCUUACAAUGACAUACUCAUAUAUCAGACUCAACUACAACAGCAACAACAACAACUGCAGCAACAACAGGAAGAAGUGAAUGCCACAAUUGACAACGAAGGUGAAAUGUACUACACCAUUGAUGGUAAAAAUUAUAAAUUAGUACGUAAAGGCCAGCAACAACAACUUAUACCUGUAGAGCAAAUACAACAGAAUGAUGUUAAUGCUACAUACGCUGCUGGCAGUACAACACCAACACUCGCUGUUGCCGUUGAGAAUGCCGUUUCACCACAAGUAAUUGUCUACAAGACUGGUGGUGCAGAAUCGCCAGCAUUGCGACGCAAUAUUGGCGGUGCAGGUUCACCGUCAUCAGCUACUGUUGCCUAUUCGUCUGUGAUACAAAGUACACCGCCUCAGCAUUUACAACCACAGCAACAACAACAGCAACACGUAUCAGCGUGUUGGACUAAAAUCGAGGACACCAAUGGUUCGGCGGAUGGUGGUGCUGGCACAGAAGAUGUGAAGAAUGUACUGCAAUUGCAGGUGAAACAGGAGAAUCGCCAAUUGGGCUAUGUCACGGAUAAUGAUGUGGGCGAAAGUUUGAUAUUUAAUUUGCCACCUGGUCUGGAAAUUAAACAAACAUUAUAUAAUCCCAAUACGGGUGCUGCGCUUGGUAACACGACUGUGCUGCAACACACGCAGCAGCAGCAGCAGCAACAACAACAAGCUCAACAACAGCAAUUGUUGGCACAACAGAAUUUAUUUAACAAUCAAAAGUUGCAACAACAACAUCAGCAGCAACAACAGGUAGAAAAACAUCGACGCCAACAUAUGGUGGCAAACAUGUUGGUAUCGCCGACGGCUACGAAUAAUCAGCAGCAGCAACAGCAAACUUCUUCCGCUCAAGCGUCACAGAUUCAAAUCAUACCAAAGGUUGAAGUGGAACAACCUAAGCAAUUGCCACCGAAGCCGGCGAAAACGCCGCGUAAACGUCAACCGAAAAAAACACUCGUCACCAAUGAUUAUGCGACGGUACGUAGUCCACAGCAAGAGGUUGUACAACACCAGCAACAGCAACAACAACAGCAGCAACAAGCACAACAACAACAGCAACACCAUCAACAGCAACAGCAAACACAACAGCAGCAGCAACAACAAGCUACAUACUACGAUUUCAAUAAUAAAUGGAAUACGCCGCUGAAAAUUGAGAAUAAUACACCAUCGCCGGUGGCGCAGACGCCAGCAAUUAGCAUACCAACAUAUGUGAAUCCACAUGCUGCACAACAACAACAACAGCAGCAGCAGCAACAGCAAGUGCAGCCACAGCAACAACAGGUGGCCGUACAGCAGCAGCAGCAGCAGCAACAACAAAUACCGCAACCCGCGCAUAUGCAAUCAUCGCAAGCGCAAUCGCAAGCGCAUCUGACGAACUUAUCUUCGUACUAUUCGAGCACAUUUCCACAACAGAUCGCCUCGCAGUAUACGGCAUGCAUGCAACAAAAUGCCGCAACAGCUGGCGCCAUACAACCUACGCUUUAUAAUCUCAAUCAGCAGCAGCAGCAGCAACAACCAUUGCAACAGUCACCACAACAGCAAGCCCAGCAACAACAACAGCCACAGCAGCAGCAGCAGCAACCACAGCAACAACCCACACAAACGCCACAACACCAGGCACAAGCAGCAGCACAACUACAACAACAAGCUGCACAACAACAGCAGCAACACCAAGCACAACAGCAACAGCAACAACCACAACCACAACAACAACCCAUCGCUGAUGCGACCCCAGCUGCAAAUGAUCCAAGCAAUAAAGUUAUUGUACCCAACAUCGAAGAGGAGUUGGACUUUCUAACCGAUGCAGUAGCACCGAAACAGGGCUAUGCGAACUCAUCGGUUAAAAGCAAUACUAAUGGUCGUAGUGCUACCAAUUUUGGCAUACGCCAUCCACAAACAGAAGUGCAGAGCGCACCAGCGGCCGUUAGCGCAGUAGCAAAUAAUGGUUUGCCAGCAGCUUCGGCGGCGGUCAAUAGUGUUGUGACGCCGGUUAGUGAACGUAAGCCGGUUGUGGGCACUUCAAUUGGCGAGAAAAAGACACAAUUUAUGGAUAGCUAUUUGAAGUUCCUGCAGGGUGAACGCGACGAUUCACCACCACCGGCUGUGGUGAAAAGCGGUCGGAAGCUGAGUUAUCAGCGUUCGCCGAGUGCUAACGCGCCUAAGCGUACGAAAACCGGCAACGACGAGGCGACUAACGCUGCUGCGGCUGCGGCUGGGCAAGCAAAUGAACAGACGGCCAACCAGCAACAGGCGGGCGUUGUGGACGAACAAAAUCCAGGUUUGACGGGCGAUGAUGCACAUCGUAUUAAAAUACUCUCACAAACGCAAAUAUUGCCUAAAAAACGACCACAGGCGCACAUGGCGGCGGCAGCAGCUGCAGCUGCGGCUGCGGAAACAUCCGCUGCAGCAACGGCGGGCACCGCUUCCGUCAUACAGCAUCCAGCUGAGCAACAGCAACAGCAGCAGCAGCAGCAACAACAACAACAACAACAACAGCAGCAGCAGCAGCUACAUCAUCAGCAGCAGCAAUCAUUCCGCCCCUAUGGGCAACAGCAUCCACAACAACAGCAGCAGCAACAACAACAACAGCAGCAGCAACAACAACAACAACAACAACAACACCAACAGCAACAAUACUGUGCACAAUUGGGCUUUAGCGGUGGUGGUGGUGGUAGUAAUAGCGGUGGCGGCGGCAGCAGUCAAGAUCCACUCACAUUGCCGCCACGGCGCGAGCAAGGUCUCCGCAAAGCAAAACAGACCAGUAUGCAUGCAAUAUUUGGCGCUGGCACUGGUGCCGGCAGCAACAGUGGUGUGGCUGAUAAUGAAGAUCAAGAGCCAGAUGAAUUUGCCGAUUCCGAUACAGAUCCUGUGUGGACGCCACAGGAAGAAGACAGUGAAGAUGGUCGAAGUUAUCGCCGUAAGACAUCGCGUCGUAAUAAGAGUGCACCGCGUAAGUCAAAUUAUAAUCAGCCGCAACAGGGUCAGCAGCAGCAGACGGCGCUUAAUCAAGUACAGCAGCAGCAGCAACAACAACAACAACAACCGCAACAACAUCAGGCGCAGCAACCGCAACAGCUGUCACAGCAGCAACAGCAGGUGCAGCAGCAGCAGCAGCAACAACAACAAAAUGUUGAUGGCUAUACGCCAAAUAAGGCGAAUGCAUCAUCGUAUGCCAAUGCAACACUUGAUGCGGAUAAUUUUAAGACCGGUGAUUUUAUUGUACUCCGUUCAGAUUUGGUCAACGAUUGGCCAACCAUUUGGCAAGUGGACACGCAAUGCAUUCUACAAAAAUAUGAGCCAUUCUGUCAGAAUGGCAAAAUGUUCUAUCGCAAUAUGUCGAUGUACUCAUCGUGGAAUCUCGACUCGAAGAAAUUGUAUGUGAAAGCGCCGGUGCGCAUACAAGUGCAGUCGCACAAGGAAACCAUUGUAGAAUUUAUGCGUUCCGAGCUUUUAGCUGAUGAUACAGAGCAAUUUAUUGAAAAAAUUAUGGAAGAUUAUUUACGUUAUCGGGAUAAUUUUGAAAUUUACAUACAAACAAUGAUAUCACAAGUGUUGGAUCCAAGCUUUUUUCUCGAAAUUACUAGAGAGAAGGAUGAAUACUUUUUGGGUAGCGUACGCAUUAUUGACAGCAUUAUGGAUAAUUGUAAGCGUAAGCUACUCUCCAUUACGCCAUGGACACGCAGUAUUAUUGUAUCAAUUGAAACGUAUCCCAAAUGCCAUGUCUUCACCGAGUGGGGUCAAAAUAAUUUAACACAAAAGAAUUGUGGUGGCUGUCAUCAGCCAGGUAUUUCUGUGCGUUUCCUGCUUUUCGGUAAUCCAUAUCAUGCGAACACUAUGCAACCGGUGCCGGUUGAUACGCGUUUGGCAUGUGAGAAGGACAUACUGCUGUGUCGCAUAUGUGCUGCACGUGCUGAUAUUUUCCAUAAGAUUGCGCAUGAAAAGUACAAUUUGUAUAUACAAUGUUCGAGUCGUGUUGCUGAACAACAACAAGAAUGUCCUGGCAAAUCGUCAACAGAAAUUUUAAAUGAUCUAUUAGCCGAACAUAAUUGGGUCGAUGAGCUCUUCCGCAAUAUGCGCAAUUCUUGGGCCGAAGUGGAGAGUUUAGAGCGGCAAAAACGUUUUCGUGAAGUCUCACAAUAAAUUGCAAGAAAUUGAAAAUGGUGCUCAACAAUUAAUUGCUGAAUGAAUUCAGUAAAAAAAAUAAAUCAACAUGCCGUGCAAUAACAGCCCAGCAAAUGCAUUAAAGCUAACGAAAUUCCUUAUAAAAUUCUAACUAAAAAGCAGUAGAAGAAAAACAUAAGAAACUAAACUUACAUAUAAUUACAUAAAGAUUAUAAAAAACAAAAAAUAUUCUUAUACAAGCAGAAAGAGUAUGCUAAAGCAGGCGUAUGAAACGCUUAAAAUGAUACAAAUAUAAUAUAUACAUACAUAAUUAAUAUAAAAUAUAGUAGAAACUAGUUAUAUACAUAUAAUACAUAUACUAAAUACACAUACUAUAUACAUAUAUAAAGUUAGGCAUAUUAAUAUGAAGUUCAUUUAAACGAAAGCGCUUUAGGGAAGCUUAUAAAAUUAUGAAAUUGUUUUGCGCGUUUGUUUUUUAUGUUAGUUUCAGGAAUUGAGA